AUGAAUACCACGACUCCGCUUCCUAACCCCUUCACGCCAAUGGCUUUCCUGCCCCCGGGAACUGGCAUAUCAGCGCACCGUCUCCACGUGUACGUCUGGGAUAUCUUAAUUCAUGUCCGUCAAGACUUUCGGCUCGUUUUGCGCUCCCCUGUCAGGCUGCCAGCAGUUGUCUACGUCUUAUCGCGGACAUUGACCCUCACGUUCAUCCUCUGCGUAGGCAUCUUCCAAACCGCUCCACAUGGCAUUCCGUGCGCCAUCUUCGACAAAGUCGUCGAGUGGCUAUUCGCCGCCGCCGUACCCACGACGUCUCUCCUCUUCCUCUUCCGCGUCCUCGCCAUAUUUGGCUGGAACAAGUUUGUUUGCGUCUUCUUCAGCCUCAUGUGGCUUUGCGUCGUCGCUGGUGUGGUCGCGCCCACCCAAGGUCUCACGGCGGAAAACAUAGGCCCUACGAAAUAUUGCAUCCAUGCGAAGGCGGAGACAUAUAUUGGCGUGGCUGGGGUCGUCCCUCUCGUCAACGACACGCUCGUCUUCCUAGCAAUUUCAUGGAAGCUGAUGCGCAACGCGCAUAUUAACUCGGCGGAUCCGCGCCUGCGAGGAAACGUCAGCCUUCGGGCGUUCCUUCGGGGAGACUACUUACCCGCCUUCUCGCGGGGUCUCCUGCAAGACGAGCAGAUUUACUACUUGACCACGGUCACGACGAACUUGAUGACAGGGGUCGUGUUCUACUUGACCUUCGUGCCCGUGGUGUAUCGGGCGAUGCUCGCCGUGCCCAACGCGGUGCUAAUGAACAUGAUGGCAUGUUGCGUGUACAGGUGGACCAAGUCAGCUCGAUACAAAAAGCUGGAGAACGCCAGCAGCACUGGCCACCCGUCGCACGAUGGACCGAUUAUCCCGCUUGUGUUCGCGUCGAAAAAUGGCGCUUCCACCAUGCAGCAGCCGGAUGGAAUCGAAGGAAAAUUCGGGGUGAUCGAGAUUGUUAAAACAGAGGAGCAAACCCGAGGUACUGCAUUCGACGAGGAGAGGGAUCUAAAGUGCGAUGCUUCCGUGAUCGUCUGA